AUGAAGGCCUUGUACCUCCGUGCACUCUUCGCCACUGGCGUGCUAUCAGCCGGUUCUUACAGCGCUUUGGAAAGCAUCGAAGCAAAAGCCACGGCAUCGGCUGCUCAUGCACUCGAUCCCGAGACGGAUAAGAAAAUACUGCGGACCGAUGCUGCCACUGUGGCCGAGCAAGAAGAACGAGGGGGACCCCUUGACCUCUUGGACGUAUUGGUGGGUAUGGCAUUUCGAACUGCUGACACUAAACUGAGUGCUGCCACGGCCGCCCUUCCAUCUUUACAGCCAACUGUAGCUACUGUGAUGUCGGCUCCCGCCCGAGUAUCAAAAUCACCAGGUACAAUAUCGUACCUGCUACCGGCAUCGAGUGAGGAGCUCAAGCAGCUUGUACUAAAGGCUGAACAGCUGUUGUCGGCAAAUCGGUACAAGUAUGCGGGUCCCCCUCGGGUCCAUCAUAUAGUUGAGAGGCUUAACCAAUUGACCCCGAUCGAAGCGGCAGCUGUAAUUCAAGCCGUGAAGAUGCUUGUGCAGAAGUCGCAGAAAGAGGCGCCUUUAUGGGUACAAAAGGUUGAAGAUGUACAGCUACGGAGGAUUUACGACGACGAUAUUCGCCCUGAAGCUCUGCGUUCAUCGUGGCUUGCGUCAGUGCAACAGAAUGGCGCAAAGGACCAUGACCAUGGUAUUGACCGUCUUGUCAUUGAUGCUACCGACGCCUACGCGAAGUACGUCAAAUUUCACAAGUCAGUCUCAAAGAGCUCCCUCUAG